UCGGUCUGCUGCUUGUGGGAGUGUGCACGACGUGGUACGAUUAUGGUCCGCCCACAGUCACACGAGCUUGCAGUAGCCUUCCUUGAAUGGAGAGUCUCGGAGAUCUGCUCCUUCGACGCCCUGCACUGAUAAGCACAACAAAAAUCCGACCCGACACUCCUUCUUGUCCUCCUCGCCUUACCCACCAAUCACUAAACCUCGCCCAUCCUCCCUCGUGCACAGCGACGUGAGCUCGCCAUACUUUGGAGACACUUGCAAUCGUUGGAUGUCACAUUCGUGAUCGUGAUCCUGGCCAGUCUUCGAUCACAACUCAACUCUCAACGAACGGGCACGCCAUGUCGCAGCCGAAAAGCGAUCAAAGCCAUCCUGGAAUGAUUGAUCCCAUCGACACGCGCUCCCCGGAGAAAGAUCAUGAUGAACCUGUCGAAGAGCUGUCUCCCGCUCGACCGGUGAAGUCAGACUCGUCCGACAAGGACCUCAAGAUAGUCAACUCGGACUUGAGCGCUCAGCCCCGCAGACACUCCAGGAGAGGCUCUGCGGCGUCACGGCGACACUCGACGGCGCUUGCCGCUUCUGAGACCUCACCUUCGAUUUGCGAGUCUUGCGGUGAAGACAAAAUCCAUGGUUGGAGAGACGUCGUCGAGGCUUGUAGUCUGUCAUGGCAUCAGCAACGAAAGCAUCUAUUCACCUCUUGGAUUCACGUCCCCUUGGGUGUUACAUUCCUGCUUGUUGUCGUCUGGGGCUUAAAGCUUGCCAUCGAUGUAGCACCCUUCAGAUUUCCGGCUGCAGUGUUGGCCGCCUUUGGCAUCUUCCUCUUACUUCUACUCCUCGAUUGGCUUUCAUCAGUGUUUCCUGGUAGGAGGCAACGAGAUGCAGAAGCGAUGUACGAGAAGUCGGACCGACCACAGAAGAAGCGCAAACGGUUCAUCGACCCCGUGCUCAUGCUCUUGGCGCCACCGUGCGACUUUUGCUUGCGUAUCAUGAGCGUGCUCUUCACUCCGUCUUUCAUCCUGAUCCCUGCCCGUGAGGUCAUCUCGGGCGGUGAGAUUGGUCGAAUCAUUGGAUGGUUCGCUGCGACUCAAGUGCUUGCUUUCCUUUUCCCAAUCUAUCUCAACAAGGGCAUCAACUGGGCCUUUACAAUCCCCAAACAGCUUCGAGAACGUCGCGAGAAGGCUCAACCGCCUCUGACAGACUUGCGCCGCUCCAGCACGGUCAAUGGUCGACGCAGCCGUAGAGGCAGCACCAUGAGUCAAAGCGGUUCUCUCGAUCACAGGAGCCGCCGCGGCAGUACUGCUACGAUAGCAGGUCUCGAAUUCGAAAAAGGCUACGCUUAUUCUGGUCAGCAACGUCUUGGCACCAUUGCAAGCGGACUUGCCGGAGUCACCGCCACAAUCACAGCACCGGUAGCUCACAUUGACAUGACGUUGGAGGAUGACGAGCAAGCGUACUACAACGCCGUUGCCAUCGAGCAAGCACGUCAACAAGGUGACCCUGCAGUCACUUCGCCUAAUCUAGCACCGCUAUCUUUUGGUAGCUUCGUGCCGCACUCCGACGUGAGCUACUUUAGCCAUGCUCGAAUGCCAGUCGAUCGCGAAGGUAGACCGCGUCACCACCAUCACGCCAUCACGGCGGAGCAGCGUCGCAACAGAUCCCGAAGUCGCGACGGGGCUCGCAGUCAAUCUAGACCAGCUACAGCGAGAAGCCUGACCGUCUCGCCUCGCGUGCCCAGUGGAGGCGGUUCGGUCGAGUACGGUCCGCCGUCAGUCGCCACCGUACAACGCUCUGCUACCGCGGUGGGCGCUCUCCCAGUCGCAAGCCCGGCUCCUUCAGAAGCCUAUCGCUUCCCGAGCACUCAAUUGUCGCCGGUGCAAACCACCAUUGCAUUCGACCAAGAUUUGCCAACAGCUGCUUCUCUCCGUGCGGCCGAGAAUGGCGCGAGAGCCAAAUCUAAUGCUCCAGCCGUCGAAGGUGUACGGGAACCGGAGCCCGCGAAAGUAGCAGCCACGUCUUCUGCCAGCUCAUCGCGCAGACCUUCGCUACUUGGCAACUUCAUUGCUCCCUUGAGCAUGUCGAGGAGAGAGUCCGCCACGAGCGGCCCCACCCCGGUUGCUACAUCAGCUUCCAGUCAAGCUUCCGCAAAGGACCGCGCUGAUCAAGCUGCAGUCGCUCCCAGCGCCUCCGCUCCUGCGCCAGAAGAUCAGCCUUCCGAAUACGGACCAGAUGCGAUCGAGCGCCUAGCGUCGUGGAUCAGUGACUUGAUCACUCCGAUCAUCUACUUCACCUUGAUCAUCAUAGGUCUGCCUCUCUUCUUCGUUCUCAAUUUUGCGCUGCCUCUGUAUCUUGGCAUCAAUCUGCUAGCUUUCAUUGGCGCCAUCACGAUCGUGCCGCCUAAGAUUCGAAGAUUCCUGCAUCCCAUCCUCAGUACAAGCAUCGUGACCGUGCUGUUGAUUUGGGCGCUUGGAGCCAUGAAGGGCUUGAGCAUCAAGCAGGCUCUUGCACUGUACAGCAAUGGCGCUAAGUACACCGUACUUUGGGACCCCACCGGCUACCAAGGCCCUGUGCCGGGAGCUGGUGACAUCCUCUUUAGCGUUCUCGACGCAGGUAUCGUCUCUCUUGCCAUCCCAAUGUACCGCUACCGCAAGGACCUGAAGCAGAACUUUUGGCGGAUGCUCAUCGCCUUGACGCCAUGCGCGGCCCUCUCGCUAUUCCUGUGGCCCUACAUCGCCUACUUGAUGGGUAUGAACGAGGUUCACGCACUCGCGUUCUCAGCGCGCUUCAUGUCUACUCCUCUCGCCAUCGAGCUGGCCAACAACAUAGGCGCAGACGAAAGCAUCACCAUCGUACUGGUUUGCGUGACUGGUAUCAUCUACGCCAUCGUCAAGGAGUACGUCUUCAAAUGGACCAAUGUCAAGGAUGACAUGACCGUCGGUGUUGCCAUGGGCUCGACGGCUGGUGCCAUCGGUGCAUCCAGCCUCAUUUCGAAACCGCGCCAACUUGCUCUUGCCAGUCUGUGCUUCAUCCUCUUCGGUGCCAUCAUGCUCAUCGCAACGGCGAUUCCGCCCGUCGUCGAUGCAGUGAGGAUGCUCGCGGCCGGCAACAACGUCAUUUGA